GUACCGAAAUAAAACCGAAAUAGUUUAUAAAACUUUAAAUAUAUAAAUAAAACAAUAUGGUUAAUAAUUCUGUACCGUCCUUAAAACUUAACAACGGCCUUCAAAUCCCCAUAGUAGGACUUGGAACUUACGCGCGUAAGGCUGAACCGGAACAGUUCCAACAAGCAGUGGAAUGGGGCAUUGACGCUGGAUACAGGCACAUUGAUACUGCAUCAUGUUAUAACAAUGAGGAAAGUGUUGGUGCUGGUAUAGCCAAUAAAAUUAAGGAGGGCAUUGUUAAAAGAGAAGAUCUGUUUGUAACAACUAAGCUGUGGAAUGACAAACAUGCACAAAAUGAUGUUGUCCCUACUCUUAAAUCACAACUAGCGAGACUACAAUUAAACUAUGUUGAUUUGUACCUUAUACACUGGCCAGUUUCUGUUAAUGAUAAGGGUGAGGAUACUGCAAUAGACUAUCUAGAAACAUGGAAGGGAAUGGAAGAGACAGUGAAACUGGGUCUUGCCAAGUCAAUAGGAGUGUCGAACUUCAACAAAGAGCAGUUGCAGAGGUUAUUGCAGCAUGCUUCUAUUAAACCCACUGUUAAUCAGUUUGAGAUAAGUCCAACAAUGACACAAUAUGAGCUGGUGGACUUUUGUAAGAGUCAAUCUGUGGUAUCUGUGGCUUAUACUCCAUUGGGACUUAUAUCAGAAGCCAGACCCGAGUUUGAGAAAUAUGCCAGCAUAAAGAAUGAUCCAAAAAUAAAAGCAAUAGCGGAAAAACACGGAAAAAGCUUAGCACAGAUAGGGCUUAGGUACUUGGUUCAAAGAGGAAUACCAGUGGUACCAAAGUCUUUUACCAGAUCAAGGAUACAAGACAACAUCAAUCUUUUUGACUUUCAACUGACAGAAGACGAGAUGACUGUGGUUGAUAACUUCAACUUGAAUCUCCGUUGCGUGCCAGCAACCCAGUUUGAAAAAUAUACUUACUUUCCAUUCCAUUAGUGAUUAAAUAGGUCACAAGUUA